AAAAAGAAAAAGAAGAUAUUAGGGUAUUCGCUUACCACUAUCAGUAACAGAGUAUACAGUUUAUUCUUUGCUUGCGUUGUUUUUCUGCAGCUCCCAACUCCUUUCGGUUCCAAUUUGCAUCCAUAGAUAAUCAGACACUCGGAGUAGCAAGCAGAGGUAGAGAAAAUGUUGGACAUCAAUCUGUUUAGAGAAGAGAAGGGCAACAACCCCGAAAUCAUCCGCGAAUCUCAACGCCGUCGUUUCAAGGGCGUCGAGAUCGUCGACGAGGUCAUCCAGCUCGACAAAGAAUGGCGUCAGCGUCAAUUCGAGCUCGAGAAUCUUCGGAAAGAGUUCAACAAGAUCAACAAGCGAGUUGCUCAACUAAGGAUUGCUGGCGAGGAUGCAACUGACGUGAUUAAGGACACAGAGGAAAAUAAGAGGUUGGCGGCAGAGAAAGAAGUUGAAGUUAGAGAAGCUUUAACACAGUUGAAUUCAAAAUUGGAAGUCAUUGGAAACCUUGUGCAUGAUUCGGUUCCCAUCAGUAAUGAUGAGGAAAAUAAUGCUGUGAUUAGAUCAUGGGGUGAGAAGCGAAUGGAGCCAAAACUAAAAAAUCAUGUUGAGCUUGUUGAGCUUCUUGGGAUCGCAGACUUGAAAAAAGGUGCUGAAGUGGCCGGGGGUAGAGGUUUUUACCUGAAAGGUGCUGGUGUACGCCUUAAUCAAGCUCUGAUAAACCUUGGUCUUGAUUUUCUUGAGAAAAGGGGAUAUACAGAAUUGCAGACUCCAUUUUUUAUGAGAAAAGAUAUCAUGGCAAAGUGUGCUCAAUUAGCACAAUUUGAUGAGGAACUUUACAAGGUAACCGGUGAAGGUGAUGACAAAUAUCUGAUUGCUACAGCUGAACAGCCACUUUGUUCAUAUCAUAUAGAUGAUUGGAUCCAUCCAUCGCAGCUACCCUUAAGAUAUGCUGGAUACUCGUCUUGUUUCCGUAAAGAAGCUGGUUCACACGGUCGAGAUACCUUGGGAAUUUUUAGAGUUCAUCAGUUUGAGAAAGUUGAACAGUUUUGUAUUACAAGCCCAGAUGGAAGUGAUUCUUGGGAAAUGCAUGAGGAAAUGAUCAAAAACUCUGAGGAUUUUUAUAAAAUGUUAAACCUCCCCUAUCAUGUAGUCGCAAUCGUUUCUGGUGCUUUGAAUGAUGCCGCAGCAAAGAAGUAUGAUCUGGAAGCAUGGUUCCCUGCAUCUCAGACAUACAGAGAAUUGGUCUCUUGUUCAAACUGUACAGACUACCAGUCAAGAAAACUAGAAAUUCGAUAUGGGCAGAAAAAGAGCAAUGAGCAGACAAAGAAAUAUGUUCAUUUAUUGAACUCCACUCUUACCGCGACUGAGAGAACCUUGUGCUGCAUUCUUGAGAACUACCAGAGGGAAGAUGGUGUGGACAUACCUGAAGUUUUACAACCUUUCAUGGGCGGAAAGACCUUCCUACCUUUCAAGAACAAACCGGCCCCUGAAGUCAAAGGGAAGAAAUCAAAGGCCUAAAUUCAUAAUUUUAUUUUGAGUUUUCAAUGAAGAAUAGGUCAAUGAGAUUAGUUCAUGAUAUUGCAUACGUAAACUAUUGUGAUGAUUGUUUUGAGAAACUGUGAAACCCAAAUUCCAUAUCUUGAAGUUGAUGUAAUGAAUUUUAAAAGUUUGGCACUUGUUUAGUCUUGGUUUGACUGCUGAUUUGCACCUUUAUAUCAAUAAGAUGUACCCUUGUGCUGCAA